CAGCCCUUAACAACUCUGGCAGAGCAUAUAAAGAAAAGGCGGAUGCCGGGGGAGACCUGUUGAGCACCAAGUGCAGCAUGACCACAAACAGGACUGCAAAGCUGUGGAGUUCCUUUCUCUAAGCUCCUUCCUUUAACAUGACCGGCCUAAUCUCUGAGCCUCUUGUAAAGCAUUUCAACAUGGACAAAGAUGACCGCAAGAGAAGCAAGAACCUAGGAAAAAGCUUCAUGUGCCGACUACAGUGUAUGUUCUCCCGCUCAUCUGCUCCGGAGAGGUUAAGUUUAGAGGACACACAACAAUGGUCCCAGUCUUUGGAACGGCUCCUCGAGUCAAAAUAUGGUUUAGCGACAUUCCGCACCUUCCUCAAGUCCGAAUUCAGUGAUGAGAACAUAGAGUUCUGGUUGACAUGCGAGGACUACAAGAAAAUCAGGUCGUCUUUCAGGAUGACAUCGAAGGCGAAGAAGAUCUACGAGCAGUUCGUCAAAGCAGAGUCUCCUAAAGAGAUAAACAUUGAUUACCACACAAGGGAGCAGAUCAAGAGGAACGUGAAAAGCCCAACGGUCCAGUGUUUCGACGAGGCACAGAGGAUCGUGUACGGACUCAUGGAGCGGGACUCUUACCCCAGGUUUCUGAGGUCUGAGACGUACAGAACUCUUCUGGAUUCCCUUGCCGCAGACGCUUCCCGCGGAUGAGGGGACGGAGGGAACCUCCUAGCAACACUAAAACUGGAAUGACAAGGUUUCUUCCUGGAGAACCCACUACUAGAGAGGGCCCAGGACCCCCCUCCAGCCAAGCUGUCCGACUAAAACCCAACUUCGACUCCGGGAUCAGAAGAAACUGAAUGUGAAAGUGUGGUGCUGCACCCUGAAACACUGUUGGGUGGUGACAAAUGACAUGAAACAAAUCAAGCCAAAGCAAGUCUAGGAAAGCUAGCAAAGAAGCCAGUCAACCCUCAAAAGCCCUGGAAAAGUGCCCAUGGCACCCUGUCACUCGGAAACACUUCCUGUGCAGAUAAGGAUGAGGGGCACUGAAGCCCAUCCGGUGGUUAGAAAAGCAGCAGAGUGGGCAGAAACACUAUCAUGUGAUCACAGCACUUACGGUAUGUCUUUGAGAGAGAAAGACAGAGACUUUGCAGAGUCUUUAUGGACUAACCACAUGACUAUUAGGAGGAGAAAUGAUCUCACGAGAACAAUUGGCCAUAUUUUGGCAUCAACGCCGUAACGCCGCACAACUGUGUCGAAUUAAAGGAAUGCAUGUUUGUGACUAAGCGUGAAACUAAAUCAAAAAUAGUGAGGACAUUAGAAAAUGUGUCACAGAGUAACAGAGUGGCUGAAAGUUUGAUCUGUGUAGUUUCAUUCAAUCACUUAGAAUGUUCAACUGUUUAAUUUAAAUGCAGAUGUAAUUAGCUACAGACUAUUUAUUAUCCACAAACACUGGUUGAAUGUUGCUGUGUCCAAUGUACCUAUCGAAGAUGAGGAAAUAAAGCUUGAAUCUUCA